AUGCCACGUCCUAUCGUUCUGUCUGGUCCCAGUGGUGCGGGAAAGUCCACCUUGUUGAAGAGACUUUUCGCCGAGUUCCCAAACAAGUUUGGGUUCAGUGUGUCUUCGACCACCAGAUCCCCAAGACCCGGUGAGGUCAACGGGAGGGACUACAACUUUGUCAGCGUCGAGACGUUCAAGACCAUGAUCUCGGAGGACAAAUUUGUCGAAUGGGCGCAGUUCUCUGGAAACUACUACGGCACCACAGUGGCAUCUGUCAAGAAAGUGAUCGAGUCUGGAAAGACUUGUAUCCUGGACAUCGACAUGCAGGGAGUGAAGUCCGUCAAGUACAAGACCGAUCUCGACGCCAGGUUCCUGUUCGUCGCACCACCUUCGUUGGAGGACCUGGAGAAAAGACUGACCGGCAGAGGCACCGAGACUGCUGAGUCGAUCUCCAAGAGGCUCGCUGCGGCCAAGGCAGAGAUGGAAUACGCUGAGACCGGCGCUCAUGACAGAAUCCUUGUCAACGACGACCUCGACAGAGCUUACAAGGAACUAAAGGAGUUCAUCUUCGAGGAAUGA